AUGGCCCGAUCAUUUUUCCUUGCUAGUCUUCUGGUCGCUGGUGCCUACGCCCAGUCGACCCCCGACCCUGCUCUCUCAGGUUACCAACACCUUGGCUGUGUCGCUAUCCGACCUAGAACGUUCCCCCGACAGUACAACCUGGGCCUGACAGGAUGCACUUCGACUUGCUCCUCAAAUGGCGACAUCAUUGGGUUCCAUGGCAACAGCUGUGUCUGUGACCGUCUUGACCUGUCAGCCGAACCUAUUACCUACGGCGUCGUCAAGGUAGACAAUGCUCUCUGCAAUGUACCAUGUGACGGAACCGAUAGGUCCAAUGGCACAUGCGGGGGUGCCACUGUGCAGGGCUGGCCCAUCUACGAUCUAUACAAGAGGAACAACGCCCGGAUCGUCUACGAAAACUUUCCAAGCGCUACCCCAACUCCUGUUUCCAGCGUCUACCCUGACUCGACCAGCGGACCCAAGCCUGGCGAUGUAUGGCACGAGUGCCCACCACACGUUGUCGACUGCCCUUACCGCAACAAGUGCCCUAGUGGGAAGUGUCACCAAGCCCCGAAGCCUGUUGUGAAGCCUUGCCAUGGAUGCGCUUACAACGGCACUGGUAACUGGACUGCUCCUACUUGCCCCCCUGGUGGUUGCAACCAUGGUAGUAAGCCUGCUCCUGUGCCUGUUCCUGUCCCUCCUCCUUGCAAUGGCAGCUGCAACGGCGGAAAUGGUGGUAACGGAGGCAACGGAGGCAACGGAGGCAACGGCGGUAAUGGCGGUAACGGAGGGAACGGCGGCAAUGGUGGAAACGGAGGAUCAGGAGGAAACGGAGGUAACGGGGACAAUGGCUCAGGGGGCAAUGGAGGAAAUGGAGGCAACGGCGGUAACGGAGGAAAUGGCGGCAGUGGUGGAAAUGGAGGCAAUGGGGGAAACGGUGGUAACGGAGGAAACGGAGGUUCAGGUGGCAAUGGCAGCUCUGGCAACGGCUCUGACGGUCAAAAUGGCUCUGACGGAAACGACAAUGGAGGAGAUGCGUCUCCUGUCAUUGUGAACUUGGCCGCCAAGGUCCAGAGCACAAGCUUUGUAUCAUUCUUUCUAGCACUCUCCUUCGCCUUCACUCUUUUAUAG